UCAGUUACUCGGACAAAAGGGGGCAGCCUCGCUCCCGGCGGGGCGGACGCCAAGGCCUCCGCGUCUAAGUCGCGCCUCUCCCGCAGCCGAGCUCCGCGUCCCGCAGGCAUCCCCGGCCCCGCGUCCAAGAAGAUGCUUCAGGCGUCCGUCCCCAGCGACCCCCACACACCAGCAUCCCACGGCUCGAAACCUCGACCUCGAAGAUGGUGAGUAGCCAGCCAAAGUACGAUCUAAUACGGGAGGUCGGCCGAGGCAGUUACGGGGUGGUGUACGAGGCGGUCAUCAGGAAGACCUCUGCUCGGGUGGCCGUGAAGAAGAUUAGAUGCCACGCACCUGAAAACGUGGAACUGGCACUUCGGGAGUUCUGGGCGCUCAGCAGUAUUAAGAGCCAGCACCCCAAUGUGAUCCACCUGGAGGAGUGCAUCCUACAGAAAGAUGGGAUGGUGCAGAAGAUGUCCCACGGCUCGAACUCUUCCCUUUACCUACAGCUUGUAGAGACUUCAUUAAAAGGAGAGAUUGCCUUUGAUCCCAGAAGCGCCUAUUAUUUGUGGUUUGUGAUGGAUUUUUGUGACGGAGGAGAUAUGAACGAAUAUCUUUUGUCCAGGAAACCCAAUCGUAAAACUAACACCAGCUUCAUGCUUCAGCUGAGCAGUGCCCUGGCUUUCUUGCAUAAAAACCAGAUCAUCCACCGAGAUCUUAAGCCAGAUAACAUCCUAAUUUCUCAGAGCAGGUUGGAUACCAGUGACCUGGAACCCACACUCAAAGUGGCUGAUUUUGGUCUGAGUAAAGUGUGUUCUGCCUCUGGGCAAAACCCAGAAGAACCCGUCAGCGUAAACAAGUGUUUCCUUUCCACAGCCUGUGGGACGGAUUUCUACAUGGCCCCCGAGGUGUGGGAAGGACAUUACACAGCGAAGGCCGACAUCUUUGCCCUGGGCAUCAUCAUCUGGGCCAUGUUGGAAAGGAUCACAUUCAUAGACACAGAGACGAAGAAAGAACUCCUGGGGAGUUACGUGAAACAAGGGACCGAGAUCGUGCCAGUUGGGGAGGCGCUGCUGGAGAACCCCAAAAUGGAACUUCUGAUUCCCGUGAAGAAGAAGUCCAUGAAUGGGCGAAUGAAGCAACUCAUUAAGGAAAUGCUGGCUGCAAACCCUCAGGAUCGUCCCGACGCUUUUGAACUAGAACUCAGAUUAGUACAAAUUGCAUUCAAAGAUAGCAGCUGGGAAACGUGACAUAGUGUUUGCCAGUAUCUCGGAUGGUGCGUUGCUUCUGUUCUAACAGUGAUUCAACAUUAUGUGGCUGGAAAAAAAAAAAGAAUACAAAAAGCUGAACUCCACCAUUUAAGGGUUUAGGUUUUAUUGUGAGGUGUUUUGUUUUUUGUUUUGUUUUCCUUUUUUUUUUCCCCUCAUUUUUCUUAAAUCCAAGCUGGCCGUUUUAUGAAUGUUUUAAAUGUGUAUCACCAAUGUGAGUGUAAUUCUCUUUUAAAUGGUCAUUGGUAGACAUUUGGCAGGAAAUUGUCUUAAGAGCCAAGAAGAGAAGAGUCCAGUUUCCUGGAAACCAUGUCUCUAACUGUUUUAGACAUUCCUCAUCAGUGUUAGGAAUCUCCACGGAGGAAGAGGCACGCAUGCUGGUAAUGCAGCCUUCGGAGCUUUGUAAAGGAAGCAUAUAUGUAUAUAUUUAUGUAUAUGAGAGUAUGUGAACGUGUGCAUUUUGCAUUCCAUAUGAGGAAAAUGCCACUUCUGCUUAAAUUAUUUGAUGUAGGUUUGGGUUUUUGAAGACCUGCUGGUGAAAUCAGUCAUGGAAAAAUAAACAGAACUUCCCUCCCCAUCCCUACCUCGUCAAUUCCCUCUAAUGAAAUCAUACUAAGGUUUGGGGUUUUUUUUAAAAAACAUUAUUAUUUUUAUACUAUCACACAACUUCAUUUUGGAGAGUCUAAAGCUUAACCCUGAUUAAAGACAAAAGAAAUUGAGCAGUUCAGGGCUACUGAGGCGUGUUUGAGCUCUCCGUGCCCAGUAGCUGCCCGAGCCCAUUCGCCACACAGGCUUAGGUGGCAGGCUGGCCAGGACGGGGAUGACUCAGUUGUAUCUUCUCUCGGUAGCUGAGUGUUCCUGCGGCUAAUAAAACCACUGCGCUGGGACAUGUCUGCACUUGACGUCUGCAACCCACCACAAAUCUGAAUACGGGAUUCUUCUGGUGUUUCAAAAAAAAAAAGUUUGAACAAUCAUAGAUGUAUGAACCUGAUGUAUUAAUUUUUGGUCUCAAGACUUCUAAUGCUCUAUGUAUGAAGUUGAAGAAACCGAUUGAGCUCCAUGGCCUGUCUCGAUGUGGUCUCUUUAAUCAAAUUACCAGAGUUCCUCUUGUUUUGGCACUUAAUGCUAGUUUUCUCUUGUCUACUUGGAGGCUAAUGUGGCAAUGAUAUGGUGGUUUUAAACGUUGAUCAAGUGAGAGAUGAUACCUCUACAGUUUUGUAGAUGGUUAAAAUAUUGUAGCAUCAACUCUGUUUUCAUGUAUUUGGUACGCCUAUGUCAAAAACAACAGACCACUAUUCCUGUUGAAGUCAGUGUCAUUUUAACUUUGUGUUUCCUGUAAUUGCAGAGAGUUAAAA